CCAGCAUCUCUCGAAACCACUUCCUGUGUCCAUAACCCUCCAUUCGCUCUUCCCCCCCUCUCCUCCCCCCCCAAAAAACACACAAACGUCCAUAUGAUGAUGCCCUGGCCAUAGAUACUAGGUUCCGUCAAGCUGGCGUACCUGGCUCGCGUGUGUGUGUGUGUGUGUGUGUGUGUGUGUGUGUGUGUGUGUGUGUGUGUGUGUGUGUGUGUGUGUGUGUGUGUGUGUCUCAUCGUUUGCCAAACUUGAUGCACGGAGAGGCCAUCAAAGCAAGCGGGCCUAGUUUAUCUCCAACGAGGGGGGAGGAGGAACCAGCCAAACGAACUCGAGCUUGUCCCGCUGCCAUCAAAGUGACAACACACAGGCUCUCUCCCCUUGGCAGGCACCGUCCACUCACAGCCCGCCAAACCUACCCCAGAUUUUCUCCCCCAAAACCGGAAGGAGAGGGGGGGGGGAGAGAAUCACCCCCCUCCCCCUUUGUAACCCUCCCCGAGCUUCUUCCGACGCCCAACCCAUUUCCAGGUCGCACACGCAAAAAAGGCGGCUCAACCGCACACUCUUUUUUUAGUUCUUCUCUCUCUCGCCUCUACUUCGUACCUACGUUACUAGUAGCAAAAAAAAGAGGCAACGGAUGGUUAUCAGAAAAGGGGAGCCAAGAAGGGGGGGGGGGGGGGGGGGGGGGGCGGUCUUCAUCAACAAAUCCUCUACCCCGGAAACCCCGACCCCUAGGUAGCUCAGCUUGCUCUGAGACUCGCCCCCCCCCCCCAGUCUUACUUAGGCCUUCCCAAACGCACAACUGACGCCGAUCAUAUCCCUCCCCCCAAGGAGCUCUCUUCCUCAUCUUGUCUCUAUCGCUUCUCCC